AUGUCUGCCCCCAACAACAGCGCCGCCGUGCCGGCCAAGAUCCCGUCCACGCCCGACGAGCUCGCGGAGAACCGCCGCAGAAUGCUCGACGGCGAGCUCUACUUUGCCUUUACGCCCGACCUCACGGCCGAGCGCCGCCGCUGCGCCCAGGCCUGCCACGUGUUCAACCAGGCCCCCCGCGAUGCGCCGCGGCGCGAGCUCGUCGCGCUGUGGAGGAAGCUCAACAUGGACGACCGGCCGCUGCCGCCGCCGGCCGACACCCCCGAGGCCGACGAGGCGCUGUUUCAGGACGAUCCGUGGGUCGAGAUGCCGCUGCGCGCCGACUACGGGUACAACAUCGUGCUGGGGACGGGCGUGUACGUCAACGCCAACAGCACGUGGAUCGACACGUCGCCCAUCACGGUGGGCGACAGGACGCUGAUUGGGCCCAACUGCUCGUUUUACAGCGGCGGGCACCCGCUGGACGGGGCGGUGCGCAACGGCACCAAGGGACCGGAGUCGGGCAAGCCCAUUGUGAUUGGCAGCGACUGCUGGCUCGGCGGGAAUGUGACGGUGCUGCCCGGCGUCACCAUUGGGGCCGGGUCGACCGUGGGCGCGGGCAGCGUCGUGACCAAGGACGUGCCGCCGCGCGUGGUCGUCGCAGGCAACCCGGCGCGGGUGAUCCGGAAGCUGGAUUAG